GUAGUUGAUUACAUUUAGUUAGGUGAGCCGUGGGGCCUCAGUUAUUGCGUGUUGCUGGUCAUUUUCCAGGCCCUCUGCCACGGAAGACACAGACGUUGGCUAGUGCGCGCCAUGGCUCUACGUAGCGCUUCGGGGCUUAGCCUUGGAGUCGGGCGGCUCUUGCCUUGCCUGAACGCGCAGCUCUCUCGGGAGCUGCAGGCUUUCGCUGCGCCCAGCCGCGAGGAGCAGCAGGGCGAUGUGUCUGCUAAGAGCCCCGCGCAGCUGCAGCAGUACGUGCGCGAGCACGCAAACGCCGCGACGUGCAACAAGCUUGGGCUUGGCUUUGCGGCACAGCUGCUCGGCACGGCCGCGCAGCAGCCCAGCACCUCCGCGGUGGCUGCCGCAACCGCUGCCAAGGCAAGCUGCGGCCCCGUGCUGCCCGCCCGGCCCACUCGCCGGCCCCUGCUACCCGGCAUGCACCGCACGCCCGGCUUCGCGCUGCCGAUGCAGCAGUCGGUCCGUGGCUACAACGCCUGGUCGCCGGCUCAGCGCUACUUCGUGGAGGGUGAUCACGUGGUGACGGCGGAGGCCUCCCGCACCUUCCAGUUCACUGGCCUGGACUCGGGCAGCUUCUACCCCUACGUGAUUGCCACCGUCAUCGCCACCGCCAUCUCCACCGUCUUCAUUGUCGCGCCCCUCGUGAUCGCGCCCAGCCGCGUGGACCUGGACAAGAGCUCCGCCUACGAGUGCGGCUUCGACGCCUUCGGCGAGGCCCGCCAGACGUUCAGCGUGUCGUUCUACCUGGUGUCCAUCAUGUACCUGCUGUUCGACAUCGAGAUCGCCUACCUGUUCCCCUACGCCAUGACGCACGCCAGCCUGCCCAUGUACUGGACCAUGAACCUCUUCCUGGCCAUCCUGGUGGCGGGCUUCGCCUACGAGUGGGGCAUGGGCGCGCUGGAGUGGCGCGAGUAAUGGGCGCGGAAAGAGGGAGAGGGGGAGGGUAGGGAGAGGAGAGGGCGGGCGGAGAAGGGUGGGCGAGCGGGAGGGGAAGAGCCCGCGAUGUGGGUCGGGUGGCUGGAGCCAUGGCUCCGCACCGGCGUGGCUGAGGCGUCAGGUGGCUGCGGCAGGCCCAGGCUGAUGGCGGAGUGCAGCAGGGGGGCAAGGCUCUGGAGUUGGUGGAGAUAGCGGUGGAGCCGGUGCAUUGAUGCAAGCAGCAGUGGCGGAAGGCGUGGAAGGCGCUGCUUGCAUGGUGGGCUGGGGCGCGGGAUUCCGUGUGCGCCAGGCUUCGCGGUAGCUUAUUCCAACACUUGUCUGAAUAGCUUAUUCUCUUAGAGCGUGUGGGUGCGGAUUGGCAGGUACUUUUGUGGUUCUUGAUGAGGAACUGGGCGGGGCGCUUGAAGCGGAGCGCGUUGAAGAUGGCGGCGGUGUGCUUAGGUGUGCCCUUGGGAUCACCAAGUCGUUUGGCGCAUCCUAUGCCAAGGCGUGUGCGGAUCCCCUGCGCCGGUGUUGAAGAGGAGGAUGAUAGGGAUAGCGUUAGAGGCUUAUAGUUAGUGGGCAGAUCGUGGUAGAAACGGGGUGACUUGAUCUGAGGAAGCACGUUGUAACUCUCGAUCGUG